UGAAAUGUUUGUGUGUGUGAGUGUGGUGUGCUGCCUAUUCUCUAAAUAACCUGUUGAUCCAGUCAAACUAAAGCUCAGUCUCAGGAGGCAGCAGGCUCGCCUCCACAAGUCUUCCUUAUUCCUCUGGAUUUCAUCUAAAUCGGAGCUGUAGCUGACUCACCAGAGAGAUCUAAGGAAAAACCUGCUGGAAGGAAGAGAAAAAAAAAACGGCCACAGAAAUCUCCACAGCGAAAGAAGUAUGUACUGAAGAGCCGUCUACAUGUGUUUCUGUGUGUCUGUCUGAGUCCUGAAUGUGUGUGGCUGAAAGGAAAUCAUGUCAGUGAUACACACCUGGGCCUGUUUCCUCCUCUGGAUCAGCUUCGCCACGCAGGACAAAACGCCAGAUGUCGCUGUGACGUGUUUUGUUUCGGAGGAGUGCGUGCUCCCCUGCAGCUUCCAGCCGGGCAGCAAGGAGACCGUUGAGUGGUUCAGACAGGACGUGCUGGUGUACAAGUUCAAGUGGGAGGAUGAUGAUGAUGAUGAUGACAGUGAUAAAGACAGCAGCGAAGAGCACUAUGAGCAUGAACAGCUGGCUGGUCGCGCCGCCGUUUUCCCACACCUGAUAUCCCACGGCAACGCCACGCUGAUCCUCAGGAGGAGUGGCCUCAAGGACAGAGGCACAUACAAGUGUCAUGUUAGCACCUCAAAUGGCGAACACAAUGCAAAGGUCGUAGUGAAGGUGGAAGCCCCUAUCCGAGGCCUGUCUCUGGAGCUGUCAAGGCUGAGCGGCUAUGAGGAGAUGAAGUGCACCAUCCGCAAUGUCUUCCCAGCUCCUCGUGUAACCUGGGCGACCGAACCACCCACUUUUGAGGACCUCAGACCAGUCACGCGGAUGCUGGCAGACAAACAGGGGCUGUACACCGUCGACAGUCGUCUCAAAAGGCUGAACGGACAACCUGACCUAAUCUACAUCUGUAAAGUCACAACUUCCUACGGUGGUCCAGUGUGGACCACCUCUCUCAGGGAAAGAGAAAUAAGAGGAACUCAGGGCAGAGAUCUGACCAUCCCCUGCUAUGCCCCCCCUUACCUGAACAACCCCUUCCUCCACUGGAGCUUCUCCAACAGCAAGGACCCCUCCCACAUCCUCACCUAUGACAGCCAUUCGGGGAACAGUGUCUCUUCACCGCCCUGGGACAAAAGUGUGGAGCUAGAUGGCUUCAGGGUCCCGUUUGGAGACGGUUCUCUGCGACUAAUGGACCCCAAGCCCUCAGAGCACACUGGCAGCUACACCUGUGUGUUCUCCAUACCGUACAACACCCACACCGAACGCGCUGAUGUCACGAUCGAUGAUCUUGCUGGUGAGCGAAGUAUUUCCGAAGAGCCGUCUUAUUGGUGGGUUUUUGGCCUGGUGAUUGCUGUGCUGGUCCUUGCUCUGGCAGGCAUGCUGGCCUACCUGAAGGUGAAAGGAGGCACCUCAGAGCCCAGAAAAGACCCUGAGGAGGUGACAGAACUACAUUUAGUCAAAGCCUCAGCAGCAGACAGUAACCUGAAUGAGAGCAGUCCUUUGACUGUGGCCGGCAACAACGGACAAUCGGGCCUCCAGACCAGCCCUCAGUUAACUUGAGAAAAAAAUAGAAACAACCUGGAAACACCUAAAACUAACAAAAUACUAACAAAACAAACACACACACACACACAGUUACACGCAACAGCAGAGAACUAACUCCUUAGAAAAAGAAUUUCAUUAAAGCUGUGGGGGUUGUUUUGAAAGAAAAAAGCAAAACAA